AUGCCCUUGCCCAAGGUACCGCCCAGCGGGGUUUGGGCUCCGACUAUUACCUUCUUCGACCACAGCACAGACACCCUCGACACCGAAUCACAAGCGAAGUACUUCUCGUAUCUAUCCAAAACCGGCCUCGCUGGCCUGGUAGUCUUGGGAACAAAUGCCGAAACUUUUCUGUUGACACGCGAGGAGCGCAAGACGCUCCUGGAGACGGCGAGGAAAGCAUGCGGGCCGGAUUACCCCAUCAUGGCUGGCGUGGGCGGCCACUCGACCAAGCAAGUACUCGAAUUUGUCGCCGAUGCUGUCGAUGCCGGAGCCAACUAUGUCCUACUCCUUCCACCAGCUUAUUUUGGAAAACAAACUACGCCGGCAGUCAUCAAGAACUUCUUCGACGAUGUGGCCCCGGAGUGCCCGCUGCCUAUCGUCAUCUACAACUUCCCGGUCGUCUGCAACGGCAUCGACCUUGACUCGGCGACCAUAGCCAGCCUGGCCAGGGCGCACAGCAACAUUGUGGGUGUGAAGCUGACGUGCGGCGCCGUGGCCAAGAUCACGCGUCUCGCGGCCGAGCUUCCAGCAGAUCAAUUUAUUACGUACGGAGGCCAGUCGGACUUUUUGAUCGGCGGGCUGGCCGCUGGCUCCGGGGGCACGAUUGCCGGCUUCGCUAACGUGUUCCCAAAGACCAUUGUCCAGAUCUACAAUCUUUACCAGGCAGGCAAGUUCCAAGAAGCAAUGGACCUGCACAAGAAGGCGGCGCUGGCGGAGCAGCCUUGCAAGGCGGGCAUUGCCUAUGUCAAGUAUGCCGCGGCACUCAACACCGCGAAAGCGGCCGGCAUCGAGGGAGCGUUGGAAAAGCUGAAGCCUAGGCGGCCCUACGUUGAGCCCACGGAUGCCGAGAAGAAGUCCAUAGAGUCGCAGACCGCGCCCUUGGUUAGCAUUGAGGCGAGUCUAUGA